AUGGGUAUAUCUGACAGCAGAAGGAAGGGGAAAGGAUGCAAGGAAAUCCACCUCAACUACGUCCUAGUGUGGAGUGGAGUGGAGCAGAACCAAAGGGCAACCCAUGGAGUAGGCUUCAUCCUACACCCCGACACAGCAAAGAACCUUACAGACACAGUCUGCAUCUCAGAGAGGAUCAUCAAGAUCACGAUCAGGGAUAAGGACAACACAACUAAUUACUUCCAAGUGUAUGCACCUUGCAAUGACUCCUACACAGAGGAAGAAAAGGACAGGUUCUUCGAACAACUCUCUGACAGUAUCUCUCUAGUGGCUGAUGAGGAGGAAAUAGUUGUCAUGGGAGACUUCAAUGGAAGAGUUGGAAGAAGGAGAGACCCAUGGACAGCAUAUCUCGGCCCCCACAGUGACAGAGGCACAGAGUGCAACUAUAAUGGACACCAACUCCUGAGCCUGUGUGCAGAGUUCGAUCUGGUAAUCACCAACACACUCUAUCAACAUCGGCCCAGCCACACCCAGACCUGGUACCGGUGGAGUGACAUGACAGUCUCAUCUCAGAUAGACUUCAUCCUCACCAAGGCAUCCAGGAUAACCACUGUCCAAGAUGCACGGGCGGUACCAAACGCCGGGCUGGACACAGACCACAGGCCAGUGCUGAUGAGUAUGACAGGGAAGACAAACUGGAACCGUAGACGAAAGCUGACACACGAGCCACAAAUCAACCUAAACAAACUCAGGAAGAACAUGGACAUACAAGAAGAGAUAAAACGGAAAAUCACAGAGAGACUAGAGCAAGAAGACACACGAGACAAGAGUGCAGAAGAAACAUGGUGCAUCUUUAGAGACACACUCCUAGACUGCCUGAAGAACACAUGCGGGAAGAAGAGACAUGGAAAAGGUCAGAGGAAAGCCACCAAGUGGUGGAAUGACGAGGUAAAAGAGGCAGUACGGGAAAAGAAGAGACUCUACAAAGUAUGGGUGAAAUCACAGACACAAGAAGACUAUGUGAAAUACAGACUAGCCAGAAGGAAGAGCAAGAGAGAGGUGAAACAUGCAAAGGACGCCUCGUGGAAGACCUACGGACAGGAACUGAGUGAGCUCUGCAAACGGUCACCACGGGAGUUUUACAGGAGUGUCAAAGCCAUGAGACUCAGGGACGAACCCUACAACCCAACCCCUGUGAUAAACGACCAGGAUGGAAACCCCAUAUAUGAGGAGGAUAAGAUUAAACAGCGAUGGGAACAAUACUUCAGAGAUCUCCUCAACCCAGUCGAUGAGAACAGUAGUCACAUCAGGUUCAAUCCCAGCUACCCAGAGCACACGGAACCCAACAUACUAGAGGAAGAAGUGCGGAGAGCAGUGAAGACCAGUCCAAAGAAUAAGGCGGCGGGGGUCGACGGGAUUCCUGUAGAGGCCAUCACAGCGUGUGGCGAGACUGGCAUCAGAUGGCUAACCAAUAUCUUCCAGAAAGUUUGGGUGGAGCAGUGUGUGCCGGAGGACUGGAGGAAAUCAGUUGUGAUUCCGAUAUGGAAGAAGAAAGGGGACAAGAAAGAAUGCAGCACAUACAGAGACAGGGAGAUUGAGACAAGAAUACAGAAAGCAAACUCUGUCAACUACCAGCUAGCACCUCUGCUAAAGCACCCAAAUAUCCCUAUGGAGACCAAGGCCAGACUCAUCAACGCCAUCUUCGUCCCGACACUCACAUACCAGUGUCAAACCUGGACCCUGAACAGAGCACAGGAGAGGAAACUCACAAGCUGUGAGAUGAGGGUCCUGAGAAGAGCAGCUGGCAAAACAAGGAGAGACAGGUUGAGGAAUGAAGUGGUUAGAGAGUUGGUGGGAACCAAACCUGUCUUACAGUUCAUCGCCAAGCAGAGAGUGCAGUGGUUUGGUCACCUGAUGAGAUUGCCAACCACGCAGCCAGCGUUACGAGCCUACACAACCAGGCACUCAGGUGUCAGGGCAAGAGGAAGACCACGCCGCAGGUGGAUAGAGGGAGUGGCAGAGACUGUCCGUGCACAUGGCCUGACUCUUCUGGAGGCUACACACCUGGCUCAAGACAGAUGCCUACAUCUCCCCGCGACGCCCCCCCAGGCAUAA